CAGUGGAUUGGUCGCGGACGCAGGGCUGUUACAGAUGGGCCAGCGGAUUCAUUUACAAUGAAUAUACCGGCUCUUUAUAGUCAAACGGCCACUUUUACGGCAGUUAUGCAUAUUUUUCGUUUAUUAUGGAUAAUGCCGUGUGUGUGGGCUGUGGAAGAUGUCUUGAUGGACUCUACGACAGCGACAGCAGAGCUGGGCUGGACGAUAUACCCAUCAUUAGGGUGGGAGGAGGUGAGUGGCUAUGAUGAGAAUAUGAACACCAUCCGCACCUACCAGGUGUGCAACGUCUUCAACAGCAGCCAGAACAACUGGGUGCGCACCAAGUACAUCCGGCGACGGGGGGCUCAGCGCAUCCACGUGGAAAUGAAGUUCUCGGUGCGAGACUGUAGCAGCAUCCCCAACAUCCCAGGCUCCUGCAAGGAGACAUUCAACCUCUACUACUUUGAAUCCGACUCGGACACGGCCACCAAAGUGUUCCCUGCCUGGAUGGAGAACCCCUGGAUUAAGGUGGACACCAUUGCAGCUGACGAAAGCUUCUCCCAGGUGGACCUUGGGGGGCGUGUCAUGAAGAUCAACAGGGAGGUGCGCAGCUUCGGACCUGUGUCUCGUAACGGCUUCUACUUGGCCUUUCAGGAUUACGGGGCCUGUAUGUCGCUCAUUGCUGUGCGCGUUUUCUUCCGAAAGUGCCCCCGUGUCGUGCGCAACGGGGCCGUCUUUCCAGAAACUUUGUCAGGGGCCGAGAGCACUUCCUUAGUGGCGGCUAGGGGAACCUGUAUACCCAAUGGAGAGGAGGUGGACGUGCCCAUUAAACUGUACUGCAAUGGAGACGGGGAAUGGUUGGUUCCUAUUGGGCGAUGUAUGUGCAAAGCAGGACAUGAAGCAGUGGAGAAUGGCACCAUCUGCAGAGCAUGCUCCUCUGGAUUCUUCAAACCAUCCCAGGGAGACCAGCAGUGCCUGCAGUGUCCCAUGAACAGCCGCACCACCAAUGAGGGAGCCACCAACUGCGUCUGCCGCAAUGGCUACUACCGGACGGACUCGGACCCUGCACAGAUGCCCUGCACAACCGUGCCCUCCGCCCCACAGAGGGUGAUCUCCAGCGUGAAUGAGACGUCACUGAGGCUGGAAUGGAGCCCCCCACGGGAGAGCGGCGGCCGCGAGGACGUUGUCUACAACAUCAUCUGCAAGAGCUGCGGCUCAGGCCGUGGGGCCUGCACACGCUGCGGGGACAACGUCCAGUUCGUCCCACGGCAGCUGGGCCUGACCGAACCCCGUGUCCACAUCAGCGACUUGCUGGCACACACGCAGUACACCUUCGAGAUCCAGGCCGUCAACGGCGUCUCUGACCAGAGCCCUUACUCACCACAGUUCGCCUCCGUGAACAUCACCACCAACCAGGCUGCGCCAUCAGUGGUGUCCAUCAUGCAUCAGGUCAGCAGGACAGUAGACAGCAUCACUCUGUCCUGGUCACAGCCAGACCAGCCCAAUGGAGUCAUUUUGGACUAUGAGCUGCAGUACUAUGAGAAGAACAUGGCUGAGUUGAACUCUUCUGUACUGAGGAGCCAGACUAACACAGCAGUGGUCCGAGGCCUGAAGCCAGGGACCAUCUAUGUGUUCCAGGUGCGGGCUCGGACGGUGGCAGGGUUUGGACGCUUCAGUGGGAAAAUGUACUUCCAAACUAUGACUGAAGAGGAGUAUAACUCCAGCCUGCAGGAGAAACUGCCACUCAUCAUCGGCUCUGCUGCUGCGGGCUUUGUUUUUCUUGUUGCUGUCAUUGUGCUCGUCAUUGUCUGCAAUCGGAGAGGCAGUGACAGGACAGAUUCUGAAUACACAGACAAGCUGCAGCACUACACCAGUGGCCACAUGUCACCAGGAAUGAAGAUCUACAUAGAUCCUUUCACUUAUGAGGACCCCAACGAGGCAGUACGGGAGUUCGCCAAAGAAAUAGACAUGUCCUGCGUAAAGAUUGAACAAGUCAUUGGUGCAGGUGAGUUUGGGGAGGUGUGCAGUGGCAACCUGCGCCUGCCCGGGAAGAGAGAGAUCCUGGUGGCCAUUAAGACACUGAAGUCAGGCUACACUGAGAAGCAGAGGAGGGACUUCCUCAGUGAGGCCAGCAUCAUGGGCCAGUUUGACCACCCCAACAUCAUUCACCUGGAAGGGGUGGUGACCAAGAGCAGCCCUGUCAUGAUCAUCACUGAGUUCAUGGAGAAUGGCUCACUGGACUCCUUCCUGAGGCAAAACGACGGGCAGUUUACUGUGAUCCAGUUGGUUGGCAUGCUGCGUGGCAUCGCUGCCGGGAUGAAGUAUCUGUGUGAUAUGAACUACGUGCACCGGGACCUGGCUGCUCGCAACAUCCUGGUCAACAGCAAUCUGGUGUGCAAAGUGUCUGAUUUUGGUCUCUCCCGCUUCUUGGAAGAUGAUACAUCAGACCCAACCUACACCAGUGCCCUGGGAGGAAAGAUUCCUAUCCGAUGGACCGCUCCAGAGGCCAUCCAGUACAGGAAGUUCACCUCCUCCAGUGAUGUAUGGAGCUACGGCAUCGUCAUGUGGGAAGUCAUGUCUUAUGGAGAGAGACCAUACUGGGACAUGAGCAAUCAAGAUGUAAUCAAUGCCAUAGAGCAGGAUUAUAGGUUACCCCCCCCUAUGGAUUGUCCCAAUGCAUUACACCAGCUAAUGCUGGACUGCUGGCAGAAGGACCGCAACAACCGGCCUAAAUUUGGCCAGAUUGUGAACACCCUGGAUAAAAUGAUCCGCAACCCCAACAGCCUGAAGGCCACUACCCCACUCUCUUCAGGCAUGCACCUACCUCUGCUGGACCGCAGCACCCCAGACUUCUCCAGCUUUAACAGUGUGGAUGAGUGGCUGGACGCUAUCAAGAUGGGCCAGUACAAGGAGAACUUUGCCAACGAGGACUUUACCUCCUUCGAUGCUGUUUCCCAAAUGACAAUGGAUGACAUUCUGAGAGUGGGAGUCACUCUAGCUGGCCACCAGAAGAAGAUUUUCAACAGCGUGCAGAUGAUGCGAGCUCAGAUGAACCAAAUCCAGUCGGUGGAAGUUUGACCCUCAGAGGUGGAGGCUGGGGCUGGGGGGAGCGUGCACUCCCGACACAGCCCGCUCCUCCUCUCAGACUGACUCCCUUCUCCGCCAGCCCUGGCUUCUGAGUGCAGCCCGUCCUGUGGAGCCGUCCCCACUAGGGAAGGACCCCACAUGGCAAGGCCCCCCACGAGGGACUCCCACACACUACCGCCCCUCUCCCCCCCGCGAACCACCAGCACGCAGCAGGCGGGAUGGAGUUGGCCACUGUUGGCCGAUGACGUCUCGGUACUAGUCGUCAGAACCUCUUCUUCACUGUUGUGUGCUGUGUUACGCUGACAACAGUGGUGAUGAUUAUAAUAAAAGCAAAAGUAGAUUCAAAGACAAAUUGUUCUUACUAUCAUCAUCACCACUCGUUCAGUCGGGCUUGAUCCAUGACUAAGGGAAUCUGUAUCGAUAGAUUGAAAGGCUACCCUUUACAAGGGCAAUAAGAUAAAAACAAAUUAGCACUCUCCUCUGGAGGUGUGCUGAGACAAUUGUUUGCGAGAAGAAAAUAUGUACAGUAGCGCAAAUAGCGUGAGAGAGAGGAGGGAAUGAUGAGUCUGGUUUGGAGUCUGAAAUGGACUAAAGGCAAAAAAUGAGCCUCUUAUACUUCUGUUGCUGCCAUAUGGUAAGGAAGGAUCCAUGUGGCAGCCCAUUCCCAAGAGGACUGUUGUAGAAACUCUGUGUGUGUGAAAAUUAGUGACAAACACAGGCUCGGAAUACUCUUUUUAAUGAAUAUUGUGGUGAAUAUUUUUUAUUUUCUUCAUGCUUUGGGUAUGUAUUUAUUUAUUUUGUACUUUUUAACAUACCGUCUCAUGAACCUUAUAGUCAUUUCCCAAUAACGUACCAUGUGCUUUUGCAUCAUGCACACAUAUCAAAGGCACUUAGCUUUUCUGAUUUCAUCACUGUUUGCCGCUCGGUGUUCCAGUUGUAGGACAAGCGGACCUGAUUUGUUUUGAUGUUAAUCGAUAUUGCUUUCUUUCCUAAUGUUAAUAUAGUAUGUACACCUUAGUGACAAAGUAAAUGUUGCCAUGAAUUUCUCAUCAGAUGUCAUGUUUUGCAAAGUUUCAACUGUUCUUUCUCUUUUCUCCCCAAGACUCUCCUGUGUGUGUAUAUAUUUUCUCUUCACAUGAAGUAGUUUUACUUUAUUAAAAGGCGCAACCAGCUGUUGUGCUGUUGGCACAUGGAGGCAGCUGAUGAAUUUGUACGACGGACUGAAAGGAGGGGAUAGCCUCAAGGGGGACGGACCUUAAGACACUUCACAGAACACUUUGUUCAGUUGACUUUUUUUAAAUCUAUGUUUUAUAAUGAUGCAACAUUGUGAUUUUUAAUACCAACAUGUACAUUACCUGGUAUAGUGCAGCUGACUUCAUCUGCGCUUUAGUCACGUGUUCAAGGUUUUAUGGCAGUAUUAACAAUUAUUUCAAAACCAUCCUCAAACUAGCUUGCAGAAGUUGUUUUUUUUUUUUUUUUUUUAAAAUAACAAGAUAGGUUUGAUUUCUGAGUAGUUGUGAUUCCGACCAUCCUCAGUUAUAAUAUGUCUGGCUAUGGUAGAAUUUCACUGUGGAACUGAAUGGAUCAGUGGUUGCAUGCAACACAUGUGACAGUUUUUCACAGCAGUAAACGUCAAAGUUUUUGAAACACAAGCCCCAUUCCUGAUAAUGGGCAGGGCCAUUCACUGGUGCAGCUUGGUCACUUGGUAGUCCAUGCUUUUGAGUAGUUUAAGAGGUACGUGUUUUUACAAAACUGUAUAACGUAGUUGCCACUGUUUGUCGUACAAUUCUCCACAAUCUGUAAAUCUUGGUUUUUGUUCUUUGUCAUACAUGCAAUGUGAAUUUAGAAAGAAGUCAAACUCGGACGUCAGAUGUUUCAAAUACUGCACAUCACUAACCUAAACUUAGUUGUCGAGUUUACACUGUGACAAUCAUGUGUCUCCCUUGAACUGAAUGUGCUUCCUUUCACCUAGUAAACCAGUCUUCCACUUCUGACCGCCUUGCACGCUCACAUUCUCUGACGUCUUCUGUGUUUUUUUUGUUUGAUUGCAGAGUUCAUCGGCGAAAUAAGUGCAUCUUGUUUUUCAGUAUCAGUUUCUCAUUUUUGCCACAUUUUGCCAUCUUUUCAUGUUCUGCAGGUACGCUGGCCUAAUGGUGGAGCACAAGGGUACUCACCCUCACAUCCAAGUACCUGUUGCGUCUUGUAUUGAUUAUUAAUGAAAGGGAAAUCAAACGGAUUGAAAAAUUCCAUCUGAUAAAGGGUGAUUGUUUUAAAGCAUGCUGUCCUGUUAUGUCAUUUGUUUCGGUCUAGUCAUAUAACCUUUAAGGUUAUAGAUACUUGCACUUUUGAAAGCAGGAUGAAUUGUGUAAAAGAGUCAGGCCUACAUUUUGCCUAAUGGUAUUGUUACAGGAUCACACUCUUUUCAUGCCCUCAAAAUCCAGAUGCUUUUUGCAGAAUGGAUUGGCAUGCCGUUUGUGGAAGUUUUUCUCCCACUGGUCACUAACUCAAGCCACUCACUCAAUUCCUUUGCCAUAUUUUCUUAGAGUUAUUUUGUAAAGAGGGAGAUCUAGCAGCACAGUGUCUGUGGCUUUUGUUCUACAUGGAUGUGCAAAGCUUUGAGGUUGAACCUAUCUAACUUUCUAUGAUGAUCUUUCUGUACAGUCUGUGUAUGGUCUGGAUUAUAUUAAAAAAACACUUAAGAAGCUCAUUUGUUAACAUAACACAUUCAUUUUCUUUGUGAUGCUCCCAAGAACAUUGCCAUGCAGCAGACACAAUGAGAAACUCAGACUCUGUUGAGUGUGAAAUCACCACCAGUGAGGUGAAAUUGAAGGUGUUCAUUUCCCUAUUAUACCCAUCCAAGCAUGUCCUAUGGCACUCCUGUCCUCCAUCCUUGUCUGUAGAAGUCAUCAUCUUUUUACUGUUUAUUUAGCCCUGACACAAACACAGUUCUGUGACUUAAGCUGGAGUCCCUGGAAUUUGUAAGUUUUCCCCUAACCCUGUGAACGUGGCUCCUGUUGAAUUAUGUGCAGGGUUAUUUUCUAAAAAUGGAAGAAAAAAAUUUUAAGACUGAUGUUGACUUUCUUCAAUAAAAAACACUAAGGGUCGCUGGGAGUUUCUAGGGAUUUCAAUUACUUCGCAAACGAGGGUCUAUGAAUGAAUGAAUGCAUGACAAAAAAAUAAGUUGCAGCCUUUAGGUUUGUGACUGAACACAGUGUCGUGCUCCUUUCAAACACCAGGGGGAGUGCCAGAUUGCAGAAUGAUACAUGAUGAUCAUGUCAAGCUGGUUUAUGGUUGGAGUGUUUGCUGAGGCCAAGCGCAAGCAGAGAAAGAGAAUC